GCAGCGCCGUUCUUUGUUGUCACGGUCCAAAUUUAUCCCGGAAUAAGGGCAGCACGCAUGUGCCAUGAACCCGGAUGUAUCAGGACUUGUUUGAAUAAAGAACAAAAGCAUCGGGCUGAAAAUGUAUGAUCGAGAUUGUUAUUAGAAAGUAAGGGAAUCUGGUUCCAGUCGGGGUAAAGUACCAGCCUUCGUUUUAGAUGAUUGAUUACAGCAAAUCACACGUUGGAGUUUUACUGUUUUAAUGCAUUUGCUUUUAGUCAUAUAAACGCGGCACCAUACCAAUGCGUGAACAUACUUGCAGCAGUCUAUAAACAUACCACUGUAGCUUUAGUUGUAGUGCUGCAAUGCAUUUGAUUCACGUCUAUGGUAAAAAGUACGAACGCGGCAGCAACUGGUCCGAGCCAGAGGUGCUGGAGCUGCUGCAGAUCUGGUCAGACGUGCCGGUCCAAACCGAGCUAGUGACCUGCCUCCGAAACCAGCAUGUGUUCAACCGAAUCGCCAGCACUCUGCGGCAGAAGGGCAUCAAUCGGACCGGGGAUCAAUGCAGGGAGAAGAUCAAAAAGUUGAAGCUGGAGUACAAGCAGAAGACUUUGAGAUCCGCGAGGUAUUACGAGCUGAUGGAAAGGGCGCAGAGCAACCGAUCCGCCGCAACCUCCGGUUCGACUUUGCCUUUAUGGGGCGGGACGGUACCAAACCAGGCAACCGGAAUGCAGGGGUCAGAGGCGCCGGGUCACCCGCCCAGAGCAGGUGAAAUUCUGGAGAUCAAGACGGAGGUGAUGAGCUCGGAUGAUGAAGCGGUGGGCCCGCCUGAGAUGCUCUAUGAGUUCGGACCUGUUGAUGAGGAUGAUGAAGCAGGCGCUGCUGAACACAAACAUGCGGGUCCAAACACAGAGGAGAACACUGAGAUGGACGGAGAGCAGGGAAACACGCAUGUCAUCUGUUCCCCAUCAGAUUGCAGUGACCAGAACAUGACCGGCUCCUCCGGUGCGGGUGUAUCCCCGGCAACAGCUCCCAUUGUGAUGAGAGACGGAGGUAGCCAUGGCGACCAAGAAGGGGGUUCCGGAUCGUUCCAUCAGAGGAAGCGUCGGCGAGUGGGACGUGGGGGCGAUGGGGUGUUAUCGAAUGCCUUGGCUGGAUAUCUAAGCUGGCAGCAGACAGCAGAAGAGCGUUUCCUGGCUCUGGAGGAGGCCCGGAUGCGACAGGAGGCGCGGGCCGAGGAGCGGAGGGAGCAGCAGGAGGAGAGACGAGCGAAGCAGGAGAGAGAUCAUGAGUUUCGUCUCAUGUCCAUGUUGACCAAAGUCCUGAGUUCAUCACGUGGGACGGAAGACCCAAGUGCCUCCACCAGCAGGGAAACACUCCCGGUGCCUAGCACCUCACAAACCUUGUUCCCCUAUUUGUUACCCAGCAGUGCCAAAGCUGUACCCAGCAUGCUUUGGGGUGACCAGACAGCCCAGUACAGCCCGUACCUGUCCCGCCGUGGCAAUAGCAUGCGGCUGCACCAGGGAAUCCUGCAGGAAGGCUACAAUCAGUAUCGCGCCAACGAGCACGACGAGAAUUCAAACCCUCAUGGAAUUAUAAACUUAGGAACCAGUGAAAACAAGCUGUGCUUUGACCUCCUGCAGAAAAGACUGAUGCGACCUGACAUGGUUCACAUCGAACCUGCUUUCUUACAAUACCCCGACUGGAAAGGCCACAGUUUCCUUCGAGAGGAAGUUGCUAAGUUCCUGUCAGACUACUGCCAUUCUCCCAAACCGCUGAAACCAGAGAACGUCGUUGUUAUGAACGGUUGUGGGUCUCUGUUCUCCGCUUUGGCAGCUACGCUCUGUGACCCAGAAGAUGCCAUUCUCAUCCCGUCACCCUUCUAUGGUGUGAUAACGGAGGAUGUGGGCUUGUACAGCAGUGUUAUACUACACCAUGUGCCACUUUACAGUCAGCCCACAGGAAGUGAUGUCAGACCGUUCCAGCUAACUGUUGAGAAAUUGGAGAACUCUCUUAAAGAGGCCAAAAAAGAGGGAUUGAACAUCAAAGCCCUUAUUCUUUUAAACCCCCACAAUCCACUGGGAGAAGUGUACUCGUCUGAAGAGAUGAUCAGCUUUCUAGAGUUUGCCAAAAUGCACAAGCUUCAUGUGAUCGUGGAUGAGAUUUACAUGCUCUCCGUGUUCAACGAGACAGACACGUUUCGCAGUGUUCUCAGCUUGGAUGGGUUGCCAGAUCCCCAAAGAACUCACAUUAUGUGGGGCGUCAGUAAGGACUUCGCUAUGGCAGGAAUGCGAGUUGGCAUGGUCUACUCUGAGAAUAGAGAUUUGGUUCAGGCCCUGGAUCAGCUGGGCUGCUUCCACGGAGUCCCAGGACCCACACAGUACCAGAUGGCUCAGCUUCUCAGAGACAGAGACUGGCUGAACAGCAAGUUCCUUCCAGAAAACAGACACAGGCUAAGAGAGGCACAUGGCUUCAUGACAGAAGAGCUGAAGAAACUGGACAUACCUUUCCUGCACAGGAGUGCAGGUUUCUUCAUCUGGGCAGACUUGAGCAAAUAUCUGAAUGAGAAGACGUUUGCGGAGGAGCUGUCUCUGUGGAGGUGUUUCCUCAAGCACAAGGUUCUGCUGAGCUGCGGUCAGGCCUUCAGCUGUGUGUCUCCAGGCUGGUUCAGAAUCAUCUUCACUGAUCAACUGCAAAAACUAAAGCUAGGUGUGCAGAGGAUUAAAAAUGCAUUAGAAGAACUUCAGGGCUCUUCAGUGCUUGAGACACAGCGGACAACAAGUGACGGACAGGAUGACAGCCAUGGGACAGCGAGGAGGGAAGACACUAAGAAAAUAUAUGGGUGCAAAGACCUGACACUCAAGACUUCAAGCGCUCAAACCAGACUUGACACAGUACACAUUAAGACAGAGCCCAUCUCAUUGGCUGAUGAGAACUUUGCAGUUCUUAACGGCCAAUCCGACAUGCGCGCAGAGAGUCUGGACUCUCUGAUUGGUACUCUGCGACAGCAGAUCCACACGUCUGAUUGGCUGGAGAAGCACAAGCCUGAGCUAGCUGCUGGACAGGACCCAACACAAUUGGAUGUUUUCACAGACCUGCUCGAAAAAGCCAGGAAAUAGAGUAACAGUUGAUAGAAACAAGUUUGUGCAACGCAACUGUCAAAUACAUUUUUUUAUGAAAGAUACUUUCACCUUAUGUACAGUUUAAAGGCAAACUCUGCUAAUUGCAGAAACAACACAGUGGCGAUCCCUGCAAUUAGGGAUUGAAACAAUUAUGGAGAGUCACCACAGCAGUAUAUGAAAAUGUUGUUAUUGUUGGAUGUUUUUGUACUUUAAUUAUUACCCUGGCCGUCACAGUAAUUGGAGACUGCCCCUUUAAUUGCACUCGUAUCAAAUUCUAAGCAUCCAAUCUAUUGUCUUUGAGUUGAUUUAAAGGGGUCUUAUUGAGAGGAAUCAGUUUCUUUUAAAAUUAGAAUUUUGUAUAAUGGAAAUAUAUUAUAUCUUUCAGAACCUAAAAUUUGCUUCUCCUUGCAAUUUCCUGCAAAAAAAAAAAAGCAUUUUAUUCUUAAAAUUAGUUUUUAAAUUAGACUUUUCAGUAAAAAAUCUUUAAAAAAAAAAACAAGAUGGAUUUGCUUAAGAAACUGCAUGAUAUAUCUUUAAUACAAGUAUUUUUUAUUUGAUAGUGCAGCAAGACAAAAUGCUAUUCAAGAGUCUACGACAAGUCUUCAUAUCUUAUGAAGUGUUGUUUCUCAAGUAAAUUGAUCUAGUUUUAAGUCUUUUUAGAUUUUACUUAAAAGACUAAUUAAAUACUCAUUAAGAAGCAUUUUUUGCAGUGUUUCUAACCGUGUGUAGUGCCUACAACGCUGCACGUCCUUCCAAAGGAUCCCACCAUUAGAAACGAGAGGCAGAUGUUCAUUUUGAACAAGAUCCCUGAUCAUUUCAGUCAGAUCUUAACAGUUUGAGUGGCAGAAAUCAGUUUCAGCUUUGAAAAGAGACUUUUAUUGAAGAAUAACUUUAUUGACCACCCGUGUGUAAAUGCAAAGUCCUGGUGCUUGUUUUUAUAUGAAAGUCUUGAAGGCAAAGCACCAGACAGACCUUUUAAUAUUUCAGAGAGAGUGUAAAAUGUUUUUUUUUUUUUUUUUUCUGUAAAUGACUGUUUUUGGCACACAAAAAAAAUUAUAGAAAAUUACUAACAUUACACUGUAAACCUCAGGGGAAAAAUUAUGUAUGAUAUGACCCCUCUAAAUUGAUUUUAAAUAAUUUUAAGAUUUUGUUGGGGGAAAAAAGGUUUUAAUUGACUUGGCUGUCAGUUUCAGGAUAAAAGUGGAUGUUUUUAUUUACUUUUUGACACAUCUUAUCUUUACAAGAUGAAUUUGUUCCAAAAAUGCCUUUUUUGACACCAUGGUUGCUUAUCAGUUUUCAGCUUCCAAGGAGAAUGCCUUGUUUCAGAUCUUCAUUGGUGUUAAAUGGUUUAAGGGCUCCUGACUGAACGAAUGAAUAAAUUGUCAAUUAAAAUGUUUUAUGCUGAAUUAUA